UCAUUCACUGCCUGGAUGAUUGAAUGUAAUAUUCCAUUCUAAUCCAUUAUUGUAACAAUACAAUGAUUAAUUUAUUAUUACAUCAACAAUGAAUGAUGAACAACAAGAUCAUCGAGAUUUUUUUCAAAAUGUCGAUUCAAUACCAUCAUCUAUGGCGGUUGAUACAUUCGAUCGCUUGAAUCAUACGGAUUCACAAUCAUCAAUGAUAAAUAAUCCUUUACAAAUACAUUCAAGACCUUAUUCAUCCCAAUCAAAUUUCAUUGAACCAUCAUCAUCGGGUAUAAGCACUGCCGAUUAUUAUCAAUAUCAACAUAGUAGGACUAGUUCAUUUUCAUCAUCAACAAGUAGUCUAUCGAAUCAACCACAAAUCGCCCAUUCAAAUCAUAAUAGAAAGUCAUUAUCGCAUAAGAGAACACGUAGCGUUGAUUUACGUUUGUCGACUUCUUCCAAUCCAUCUUUGUUAUCAUCACAAUCAUCAUUAUCGGCUACAACAUCUCAAUCAUCGAUACAUUUUCUUUCGACAAUCGAAGAAAAAGUUUCAAAAUUAUAUUAUAAACAUGGCCUAUUCUGUUCACGACAUCCAGCUCUAAUAAUCUCAUUCUCAUUGAUGAUAGUGUUUAUUACUUCAUAUCAGAUAUUUACUUUUCGUGGUGUGUUCGGUAGCUCAUAUGAUUUAUAUAUUUCUUCUUCAUUUAAAUCACAUGAUUCUUUCCUUUUGAACUCUGGCGAUAAUUCUGUUCAUCCUUUGAUGAAACAUUUUAAUUAUUGGCCAGAUUCAUAUGUUCGAAAUGAGCUUGAUGAUGAUCAGAAUGUUCCUCCUUGGUUUCAACCGAAUCUUUCCUAUGCAUAUGUUCAACAAAUUUAUAUCCGUUCAGCUGUGAUACCAUGGCCUCAAGAUAUGCAACUAGUAGAUGCAUUACGAGCUCCAUUCGAAACCACAUUCGAAAUCGUUGAAGCUGUAUCGAAUUUCCAAUUUAAAAAUGAUUUUAAUGAACCAAUCACUUUGAACGAUGUUUGCUUUCAAGUGUUCGAACCAACAUUCUCUGAGCAUUAUUCACAAAUAGCCUCACAUCUUUCUUCAUAUUCUUGUUUGACAUUAUCACCAGCCAAUGUAUGGCAUGGUGAUCGCACCAAAUUUUUACAAGACCAAAAUUUCCUAAAUACAUUGCUAAAAUUUCAAGAUCUCCCUGCUAGUCCUGUACCAUCGGGUGCAUUGCAUGAUAUUAUAUUUGGUGUUUCAUUCGAAGAUACCGGCAUACGACGUACUUAUGGUCGGAAUCGUGUUCGUACUAUUACAUAUGCGAUAACGUUGAUAUUGCGUGAAAAUUCUCCAGAAUUUAUUGAAGCACUGCGUGCCUACUUGUAUAAACGCUAUCCAUUGUCCACUACAAUAAUGAAUAAUAAAAAUUCACGAAAUGAACAUCAGUCCACAUCUUCGGCUACAAAUAGAAAUCAUUAUGAAUUCGAACCACAAAUAGCAGAACCAGUAGAUCUUUUGGAAAACAAGACCAAACACAUUUAUUUUCAUACAACAUUCACCUAUAAUUAUCUUCUUCCACUAAUAUUAAUCUAUGCAAUGGCUUGUUUUUAUAUGUACUACAUCGUCCGCAAAGUCGAAAUCAUUUUUAAUAAACGAUUAUAUUCACUUUGCACAUUAAUCACCUUAUUAAUGUCACUAUUCAUGUCCUUUGGUAUAUGUUUUCGUCUUCGUUUUCAUUCUGUUUUGAUUGUUAAUCGUUUAUUGCCUUAUUUUGUUGCUGGGAUAAGUUUCGAAAAUAUGUUGGUUCUAACCAAAUCAGUCUUGGCUAAUCCUCAUUUAGAUUCAAAAGUUCGCGUAGCACAAGUUUUAAGCAAGGAAGGCCUGUCUAUAACUAAAAAUCUUCUUGCCGAAUUGGCCUUUCUAUCGAUUGGAUCUUUCACGUUGAUGCCGUUCUUUCAAGAAUGUUGCAAGAUUGCUGCCGUUUGUUUUCUUUCCGAUUUUUUUAUUCAACUCACAUUGUUCACACCAUUUUACUCGUUGCUGGUGCAAAGGAUUAAGAAACGAAAUAUCCACGCAUAUCCUAAAAAACAUCCACAAAAUGUUUAUCCUCGUAACAUUUAUGCGAGACCUGGAGAACCAAUUCAGCAAAAAACUCCUAAACGAUUGCGUUUCAUUUUGUUCUUAGCUCGUCUACGACUUGUUCAACGGGGUUUCAUCCUAUUGCUAAGUGCCUGUAUAGGUUCAGCCAUUUAUAAUGCAUAUCUUGUUCUGGAACAAACCACCACUCCAUUAGAGAAUUCAAUUUUGAAUCAGAAACAAUCAUUCUCUUCAAGCAAACCGAAUUCCACAAUGUCACAAAAAUUUGAAUCCGAAUCUGAAAUUACAACUAAUUUCAUACCAGUGACGACAAUUAAUGAAACCGUACUUAUAGACAAAAAUUCGCAAAAAUCUUUUAUGAAAUUAUUAGAGAUUGAUAAAAUUUCUACGUUUAGUAAAGAUGAUAAAGAAACGAUCAAUUCAUCAUCACCACCGCCUACUAUAAAUGCAUAUCAUCGACUUAGCUAUUCAUCACGUAGCAAUUCAAUGCCGAAACCAUUUGCCAAUCAGCAUUGGACCAAUUUAUUUUCAUUGUAUAACAUUUCCUUAACCGGCCGCUUUAUAUCGAUACUACCACCUAUACUUUUAUCCGUUCCAAUAACGCCUGAACGAGCUAAACUUUGUCGAAAUGCUGCUGAUUCAGAUUAUCAUAAAUUAAAAAAAUUCAUUCCAAUGAAAUUUUCGAAUGGAGAAUAUGUUAUUCGCGAUGAUGAUGAUUAUGAUAAAUUCGAACAAGUGAAACUCAAUCAUUGGUCGAAAGAUGAUCUUCAUUUAAUUAUUGGACUGUGGACACCUUGUUUUAUAUUGUUCAUUUACCUAAUCAUACAACUUUAUCGUUGUAUGUGCACACGUAAUUAUGCUGAAUGGCGAACACAGUUGUCUGAAACGAAUCCAUUCCAACAAUUGGGAUCAUUAGUCAAGCGUGCUGCUUCAUUAAAAAAUCAUAAUGAUGGCACUAAUGGUAAUUCUGAUCGUCUUUUACGUAUUGAUAUAUCGAUUUUGAAUUAUGAUCGUGAAAAAGAAGCCUAUACGAAUGAAAAACAGUACUUUUUGGAUAAUCAAGAUAUUGAUUUGAUUGCUACAAAUCUUCAAACACCAUUAGUUGCUGCCAGUUCAUUGUCGGGCGAUUUAAGGAUGUACGAUGCACUUACUUGUGAAUCAUUAGCUAUAAUCAAGCGAUCUAAUUACAUGAUGAAUGAUUCUUCAUCAUCAAUCUUCCCAUAUAAGCCAUCAAGAAUCAUCGAUGAAAUGUUAACAAACGUAGAUGACAAUUACGAAAAACAGAAUGCGUCUAACGGUGAAGCGCCUGUAGUAAUUAAGACUGAAGGCAAUAUUUUGAAAACUUUAUUUUAUGGAAUCCAGAAUGACGACGUUGUUAGUAAUUGUGAAGAUGAUAAUCUUGAUGAUCAUCAUGAAUAUCUUGAAUUCAAUAACGAUCGAUUUAAAAGUCUUGAUUUUCGUCCCAUUUGGUGUAUGGACAUUUAUGAUAAAUAUGUCCUGCUCGGCUGUGGGGGUGAUGAUGGCCGUUUUGAAGUUUGGGAUGCCUAUACUGGAUGUUUAUCAUUCGUUUAUUACCCAGAUGCCUACAGAAAUGCUAACGAAGAUUUUAAAAAACCUAAUGACUCAUAUGCUAUAACGGUGAUCAAGUCCACCUAUUGGGCUGUUGCUUUAGCUCGUUUGAAUGGCCAAUUAGAAAUAUUAGAAUUGGAUCAAUUCAAAGAAGAUAAAUAUUCGACCAUUUUUCAACCCGAUACUUCUUCAUCACAAACCAAGUGUCAUGAUCAAAUUAAUUAUCGAUUGAAAUUUCGUAUACAAGCUCAUAAACAACCGAUUACUCGGGUUGAAAUUAUCGAUUCUCUUGAAGAUGAUGAAUUUAUCCGUGUAUUUGGUAGUCGUGGAUGUCUAAUUUCGGGCAGUAUGGACACAACAUUGAAAGUGUUUGCUUUAGAUAAUUUUAAAUUAAUGUACACAUUAAAUGGACAUUGUGGCGCUAUCAUGACAACUGCCAUUGAUCCUUAUUCAACGGCUAGUGCAUUGAGUGGAUGUCAAUUGGGACAGAUGUGCGUAUGGGACUUGAAUACUGGUACCUGCAUAUUUAGUAUGCAAGCACAUACAGAUGCUGAAGUUCUUUCGAUUGUUACAUCACCAUUGUAUUUUGUUACCAGUGGAACGGAUAAUACAAUUUGUAUAUGGGAUCGAUAUUCAGGACAUUUGAUUCAUAGAAUACCCAAUCAGCAUACAAUCUGCCGCAGUAUGGUAUUUCUUGAACCAUUUAUUCUGGUUACUGUUCGUGAUAAUGAAUUAAUCAUCUGGGAUUGUAAUGAUGCCCGAUCAAUUUGUAUGGUACCAUUAGCAUCGCAUACAACUGAUAUUGAUUCGUCAACAGGAAAUCAAAUGGCAUUAAAUAAUAAUGAGAAUAAAUGGACAAAAUCCUAUCAAGCAUCAUCGAUCAAAAAUCUUGUGUUUUCUUUUGAACAAAAAGCAUUGAUCUGUGAUUAUGGGAAUUUAUUGUGUGUCAUGAAUAAUCCGUUUGCAACGAGAAAAAUUGAUUGAAUUUCAAAAUUCUAUAGAUAAUAAUACUCAUUGUUAAUUUAAGAAAAUGAUAAAAACUAGA